AUGCCGCCCGAGAUGCAAUCCUUCUAUACUCCCAACACCGCGGCCACACAUCUGUCGCAUGCGCCGGCCGCAGUCGAUGAGCUUAUCAGCAAAUACUCGUCCGCUACGGCACCUGCGGUGUUCCGCAAGCCGGGCCACCGCAAUCCAGUUCAACGGUUCUCUGAUCGCGUGCGCCUCGAGUACUACCGCUACGAGGUCACCUUUGGACUAUAUGUCCUGACUCCCAACGAAAAAGUGGUCGCCAACUCCUUCGUGGUUGUGUCGCUGCUGUUGUUGUUCUGGGCCUUGUUCAUAUACUUCCCUCCACUGCUUUUCCACAAGAUCUGCCGCCUUGGAUGGCUGUUGACUGGUCACAGCAGCCAGGAGGUGAGCUCCGUCGUGAGGGGGUUUCUGGACGCUCCUGGUACGCCAAUGACCCCAGUCUCAAUCGCGGAGAACGCUUUUCCAUCGUGA